GAUUUCUCAAAAAAUUAAACCAACAACCUGGUGUAUGAUGUAUUACUUAAUAACUCCAAUUCUUCUUUCUCUCGUUUUUGUAAUCACUUUGAGAUAUUUCUAUCGAUCAAAAACAAAAUUACCGCUUCCUCCAGGUCCAUUUUCAUGGCCCUUUAUUGGAAAUCUUUUCCAUGUUGGUAGAAAACGUCCUCAUGCUUCUCUAGCAAAGCUAGCUCAAUCUCAUGCUCCUGAUUUAAUGUCCUUAAGGUUCGGUACACGUCUCGUGGUCGUAGCCUCAUCCCCUGCAGCUGCUGCUGCGGUUCUUAAAACACAUGAUCGUUUGCUUUCUGGUCGUUUCGUUUCUCAUCCCAUACGAGUUGAGGGAUCGAAACUUCAUAAUGUGUCAACUGCUUUUUUAGAAGAGUGUGAUGAGAAUUGGAAAAACGUUCGAACUAUAUACAGGGGAGCCCUGUUUUCUAACAAAGCAUUGGAAUCACAAGUGAGUUUAAGGGAGAACAAAAUCAGGGAAAUGAUGCAAUAUUUAGAUACUAAAAUGGGACAAGUGAUUAAAAUAAAGUUUGUGGUUUUUGUGACCGCGUUAAAUGUGUUGGCUAAUUUACUUCUUUCGGUAGAUUUAAUUGAUUUUGAAGGAAAGGGAAUUGGUGCAGGAUUAACAGAGUACUUGCGUAAAUUCACUGAGGCUGGUGGUAUACUGGAGUUAUCAGAUUUGUAUCCUGUUUUGGGUAUUUUAUGUACGGAUUUGCAGGGGACGUAUAAGAAACUUAUCGGUAUGUUUGAUACUAUUUGUGCUGUUUGGGGAGACAUUGUUCAGGACAAAAGAAAAAGAGACAGUCAACCUUCAUUGGAUUCUGUAGAUUUCGUAGAUGCUUUGGUUAAAAAUGGUUUCACUGAUAAACAUGUCAAUGCAUUGCUUUUGGAAAUAUUUGCAGCUGGGACAGAAUCUACGACUGCUACGAGUGAAUGGAUGCUAGUAGAACUCCUAAGAAAACCACAAGCCUUACAAAAACUCCGCGAUGAAAUAUCACAAGUAGUAGGAGGAAGUAAGGGCAUUAUAAAGGAAUCCGACUUGCCAAGCUUACCAUACUUGGACGCUUGUUUUAAAGAGACACUAAGGUUGCAUCCUCCUGGACCGUUGUUGCUCCCUCAUCGUGCAGUGCAAACAUGUGAAGUGAUGGGGUACAGAAUUCCCAGAAACACUCAAGUGUUGGUUAAUAUGUGGGCAAUUGCAAGGGAUUCUAAGAUUUGGGACGAUCCUUCGAGCUUUAAACCUGAAAGAUUUAUCAAUUCAAAAUUCGACAACAAAGGGCAAAAGUUUGAGUAUAUUCCUUUUGGUUCGGGGAGAAGAAUAUGUGCUGGAGAACCCUUGGCUUCGAGGUUUAUUCCGUUAGCUGUUGCUUCAUUGAUCCAUAAGUUCGAUUGGAUUCUGCCAAAUGAAAUAGAUCCAGCUAAGAUUAACAUGGAUGAGGUAUUGGAUGUCACCAUGUUUAAGAAAGAUUCACUUCUUGUUAUUCCUAAAUUGCGGAAUGUGUGAGGGAUCGAUGAUCACUAUGUUGUAAAAUAUCCAUUAUCAUUAUGUUGAUGUUCAUGUUGUGUGUCUAUGAAUUAUAUAUUGUGUCAAAUUUAAGUCCUUAAUUGUCUCUGAAUAACUUCCAAGAUAUAAAACUUCUUGUGGUACA